CCCAGUGUUCAGGUUAAACUGGGGUUCCGGUCCGAUGGACCUUCUGAGGUUCUUCCUGUGGUUCAUGGAGCGGCUCCAAACGUGAAGCUAACGCUGCAAGACCCACAGAACCGGGACCGAACUGUCCACCUCCUCAGUCGGCUUUUACCCUGAAGGACCAACCGGAAGCUCGGCCUGCGCUCCAUGCAGCUUGAGGCUGAAGCCGACAGGAUGGAGAUGUGACCAGAACCGCGCGCCGAUCGGAACCACUGCAUGACGUCAGCAUGGCUGUGAAGGCGCUGGUUCUGUACGACUUCACAGCAGAACCGGGGAACAAUGAGCUGUCUGUCAGAGAGGGAGAGACGGUGACUGUUAUCGACCAGGCUGUGGGAGGAGGCUGGAUUGCAGCUCAGAACUCGAGCGGACGGACCGGACUGGUACCUGAGGGCUACUUACAGAUUGUUGGAGGAGGCAGCCAUACCUUGUCUGGGGGCGGGGCUUAUGCCAGGAGCAGUGAGGGAUGGGGCAGCCAAGCCCAGAACCAGUCCCCUCCAGGUGGCGAGGAAGAUGAUGGUGAGUGGGAUGAUGACUGGGAUGACCAGUCAGUUACCAGUUACCAUGGAAACGGUCACACAGAUGAGGAGACAGGGACUGCAGGACGGAGUACCCAGGGACACUCCGUCAAGAUCGCUCUUAACAAGUUCCCAUUCUCCAAAGGUCCAAAUCCAGAAGUCUUCCUAUUGGCCAGUCCACCAGCUAACAGCAGAGACAUCCUUCCUGUUUAUAUGGGAGAGGUGGGACCGGUCUGGCUCUAUCCUACGUCUCCUUUGGACUGCGUCAUCGCUGAUCCCAAGAAGGAGUCCAAACUCUAUGGUCUGAAGAGCUUCAUCGAGUACCAGAUCACUCCCAAUACCACCAACAGACCUGUCAAUCACCGCUACAAGCAUUUUGAUUGGCUGUAUGAGCGUCUGCUGGAGAAGUUCGGCUCCCUGCUGCCAAUCCCCUCUCUGCCUGACAAACAGGUGACAGGCAGGUUUGACGAGGACUUCAUCCGGAUCAGGAUGGAGCGCCUGCAGGCCUGGAUGACCCGCAUGUGUCGCCACCCGGUGGUCUCUCAGAGCGAGGUCUUCCAGCUCUUCCUGACAUAUAAGGAUGAGCGGGACUGGAAGUCUGGGAAGAGGAGAGCGGAGAAAGACGAGGCUGUGGGUCCCAUCAUGUUCAGUCUGGUCCAACCAGAGGCUGCAGAGCUGGAUGCUGCUCAGGUGGAACAGACGUGUGAGCUCUACAGCCGCUUCACCCGAUCCAUGGAAGAUGGAGUCAGAGAUCUGCUGAACGUUGGACAGACACACUGGAAGCGCUGCACUGGACCUCUGCCUAAAGAGUACGAGCGGAUCGGCCGAGCCUUCAGUAACCUCUCCACCGUUUUCGCCACCAGCAGGUAUCCAGGAGAGGAGACACUGACCAACGCGCUGACAGUGGCUGGAAAAACCUAUGAGGAGAUCGCUCAGAUCGUCGCAGAGCAGCCUCAGAAGGAUCUUCACUUCCUGCUGGAGACCAACAGCGAGUAUAAAGGCCUGUUGGGAUGUUUCCCGGAGAUACUCACUGUACACAAGGCUGCAGCAGAGAAGGUGAAGGAGGCGGACCGCCUGGUUUCUGCAGGAAGGAUCAGCAGCGGCGACAGGAAGCUGAUGAACCAGCGGCUCAGCUGCAUGAGCUACUCUCUGCAGGCUGAGAUGAACCAUUUCCAUAGCAACCGGAUCUACGACUACAACCGAGUGCUGAAGUUCUACCUGGAGCAACAGGUGACCUUCUACCAACAGAUUACAGACAAGCUGAGAGAAGCUCUGAAUCAUUUCGCCACCCUGUGAGGAUGGAGCCUGGUGAUGUCAUCGUCUAUUAACUGUCUCAGCCAAUAAAAGCCUUCGAAGCGGUUUGACUCAAUAAAAGACUUGAAGUUUUCCUAACAAAAUAAAAGCCUCGAAGUUUUCCUAACAAAAUAAAAGCCUUGAAGUUUUCCUAACAAAAUAAAAGCCUUGAUGCUGUUACUGGGUGUGAUAGGGACGUCUACCUGCUUCUGCUGAUUGAAUCUACCAAUAAAAUGUCUACCUCCUC